CAACCUCAGUUCUUUCCUCCUCCUCUGAGUUAUUGGCGUUACUUUUCCUGCUGCUGUGUUUCUCACCAGCGUGGCCACAAGGAGAUGGCCGCAGGGACAUGAUCGUGAUGUCAGUUUGCCCUGUAAUCUGCCCUCGGCCUUUGGAAAUGUCCUCUCCGAUGCUGUUUGUUUGCUCUUGUUCUGUUCUGCAGAGCCAGGGCAUGUAUAAAUUACCCCGUUUGUACGAGGUUUUGUGUGCAGCAUGUAUGCAGACGUGCUGGAUUCCAGGAGGAAAGGGCUUCCAGGGGCAGCGGUGUCAUGUUGGAUGGCUGAGGAUCUGUAUGGCAGGAGGUCUCCUCUGGCCCAUGGGCCCUGCUGAGGAACAGGAGGUCUAACCAGGAGCUCUGGAUCUCUCACCCAGACUGUGAGACAGCAGCUUUUCCUUGUCCUCAAUACCAUCGGUUCACAUUCACCCAUCUGCAUUUGGCAAGACGUCGCUGAUCACCAGGUUCAUGUACGACAGCUUUGACAAUACCUACCAGGCCACAAUAGGAAUUGAUUUCUUGUCAAAAACAAUGUACCUGGAAGACAGAACAAUCAGACUGCAGUUAUGGGACACAGCGGGACAGGAGCGCUUCCGCAGCCUCAUUCCCAGCUACAUCCGUGACUCUGCUGCUGCCGUCGUUGUGUACGACAUCACAAACGUUAACUCCUUCCAGCAAACCACAAAAUGGAUUGACGAUGUUCGAACGGAGAGAGGAAGUGAUGUUAUCAUCAUGCUGGUGGGAAACAAGACAGACCUCGCAGACAAAAGGCAAGUAUCCAUCGAGGAAGGCGAGAAGAAGGCCAAAGAGCUGAAUGUAAUGUUUAUUGAAACUAGUGCUAAAGCAGGAUACAAUGUCAAACAGCUUUUCCGACGUGUUGCAGCUGCCUUGCCUGGAAUGGAGAGUACGCAAGACAAGAGCAGAGAAGACAUGAUUGACAUAAAGCUGGAGAAGCCCCCAGAACAACCUGUCAGCGAGGGGGGUUGCUCUUGCUAAUCCCAGACUAUUUUGUCAGUCUCUCCAUCACUCCCUUUCCAACCUUUCUUCCUAUUCCACCAUUCGUUACUCUUGUCACCAUCUCUCUGCUCCACUCCCCAUUAGCUGCAGUAUCAGUAUCCAGAUUGUAACUCCCAACCAGAAUGUAAAAGAACACUACUUAUUUAAAUUAAUCAUUUUGCUGACUCACUUUGAAGACCUUAAGCUUUAUGAGCACAAUGUUGGCUCUGAUGGUGGCAUAAAUUUGUUUUCCUAACUUUUUGAUAGCUUGUUUAUGUCUUUGUUCAUUUUUUUUUUUCCCCCCCUCGUUUAUUUCAUGUUUGCAUAGCAGGCACUUCUGACUUGGCGAAGUUUUUCUUUAACUUUUCCAGCAGAUUCGAAUAUGAUGAUGAUCAUGAUCAUAGUGAUAGUUGUAAUUACUUUGUUUUGCUAUCUUAAAAUUAUAAAAUCUUGUCCUUAAUGGGGCUUCACUGGUCUCGUGAGAAUUAAAAUCUCUGAUUUUUGUCUAAUGCUGGGGGAGGGGAGCUGGAAGAACUGAGUUAAUGAUAUUCUGAAUGAACAAUGCUCAGUGUAAGAGAUGUGGACAUGGAGUUACUUUUCCUCAGAAGUGGUGGUAACUUUGUAUUCAGGUAUAUGAAUGAAAAAACAAAGUGACAUUAGCAUCAAAGUGAAAGUGGUUGUGAUUGUUUUAAAAAAAGGGUAGUCCUUUUUGAGGAAUGAAACAAAGUAAAACUAUCUUAGGAGCAUCUUCUGAAAGAGUUUUUGUCGCCUUGCCUGCUAUUUUCAUUUGUGUGUAAAGUAAGAACUCUUUAAUCUGUAAGCAUUGCAUCUGAGUAGAUUGAAAAAUAUGGAGAAAUUAAUACAUUAGUAUUUAACAAGCAGAUUUUUUUGUCACCAAGGGAAGCAUAUUUAAUAAAGUACUUGUCCAAUGUAAAAAUACGCUUUUUAAAUAUCCAUUCUCAUAGGGCUUCCACUAUUUUUUUGCUGGUGUUGUAAAGUUUGGUUUAACAUUGUAAUUAUUGACACUUUAGCAAAGAGGUCUUUUGUUAAUAACACCUAUUUAACAUGUCCAUUAAAUCAAGUUCUAUGUAAUAUUUAUUUUUUUGGGUCACGUUUUUUUCCACUCUUUUCAAUCUUAAUGUAAUUAUUGUAAAACCACCAAUAUGCUGUGUGUUUAUAGAUUAUAGGUACAGUUAUUUCACAGGAAGCCGAUGCAUAACUUUCUCCAGCCGUAGAUUAUACCCAAUAAGAUAUCUACCCAUCUCUAGAGUGC